AAUAAAUAAAAAAAUGAAAAUGAAAACUCAAACGGAUCUCGGUGGCAAACGUAGGAGGGGGGGUUUUGUUUUGCAGUGAGCUGAGGCUGAGGCUAUUAUCAACACAAACAUCAAUCUCAGUGAAAUUGUCUCUGUGAUCGUGAUUGGCGAUUAUUUCAUCAUGCUCUUCGCUUUAAUUUCCCUUUUCAAAUCCAUCUGAAAAUUUCUGUGUUCAAUUGGACUAUAAUCCCUCAAUGCAAUGGUGGUCUGCAAAUGUCGCAAGGCUACUAAGUUAUAUUGCUUCGUGCACAAAGUUCCUGUCUGCGGAGAAUGUAUCUGCUUCCCGGAGCACCAAAUCUGCGUGGUCCGGACUUAUUCAGAAUGGGUUAUAGAUGGGGAGUAUGAUUGGCCCCCCAAAUGCUGUCAAUGCCAAGCUGUUUUGGAAGAGGGGGAUGGAUCUCAAACAACUCGACUGGGUUGCUUGCAUGUUAUCCACACAAAUUGCUUGGUCUCCCAUAUCAAGAGUUUUCCUCCACAUACUGCCCCAGCAGGAUACGUGUGUCCUUCAUGUUCUACUUCGAUAUGGCCUCCCAAAAGUGUGAAAGAUUCGGGAUCUUGUCUUCAUUCCAAGUUGAAGGAAGCUAUCAUGCAGUCUGGUAUGGAAAAGAAUAUCUUUGGGAAUCAUCCAGUUUCGAUGUCAGUUACAGAAUCACGAAGUCCUCCACCUGCUUUUGCUUCAGAUCCAUUGGUUGGUAGGGAAAAUCAUGGAAACUCAGAUUCAGUUGAUGGAUACUCAGCUGCAACUGGGUCAGAACUACCUAAGCUUUCAGAGACAGAUAUAGUGGAGAUAGAUGGUGCCAGUUCAGCAGGAAAUUUCAUGAAAAGCUCAAGUCCUGUUGGUCCUGGUGCCACGACAAGGAAGGCCUCACUCCAUGUUGAGCGACAGAAUUCUGAAAUCUCUUACUAUGCUGAUGAUGAAGACGGGAAUCGUAAAAAGUAUACAAAACGAGGUCCGUUCCACCACAAGUUUCUUAGAGCUUUACUUCCUUUCUGGUCUAGCGCUUUACCUACUCUACCAGUGACCGCACCUCCAAGGAAAGAUGCAUCAAAUGCAACUGAAGCCUCAGAAGGCCGUACUCGACAUCAAAGAUCAUCAAGGAUGGACCCCAGAAAAAUCCUUCUCCUGAUUGCAAUUAUGGCUUGCAUGGCAACUAUGGGUAUAUUGUAUUACAGACUAGUGCAACGGGGUCCAGGGGAAGAGCUUCUCAAUGAUGAAUAAAUUUUCCAUACAGUGCUCCUGAAGUCCAGAGAUGUUCAGUGGCUCCCAUUUUCGAUAUUGCUGGUUACUGUUGCUUCUGCUGCUUAUCUGUUUUUUAUUUGGAUCGGUCGCUGUUUUCGGCAAACAUACAAGUGGCUUGUUGAUAAUUUUCAUUUGAAUGCCUAUGACAGUGACGUGUUACAUAGAAUCCUUGUAAGCCAUCGUUGCUCUAUGCCCUCAGUUUUGGUAUCCAUUUGGAAUGUAAUUGCAAAUUCAGAUUUAAGUGUUGUUCUCUUAAUUGGAUUAAGUUUUAUCCGCCAUUUCAAAUAUAAUUCGGACGUUCUUUAG